GUUCUACUACGCUCCAAUUGGCUAGCUAGCAUAGUCUCUCUCACUGAUCAGCCCAGAGACAGUGGCCUUCCAAGACCCAAGACGACUUCUGUACCUUGGACCGACCAUGUGACUCUAUAUUUGGAGGCGGAUUGUCAGCUCGAGGACAAGGCAACUUAGAAGACAUGCGUGUGGCAGUGAUCGGAGCUGGGGUCAGUGGCCUGUCCACAGCUCAAAGCAUCUAUGAGCAGUACCACUCCAUAGUCAGUCCACUGACCAUUGAGGUGUAUGCGGACUGCUUCACCCCACUGACCACCAGCGAUGGGGCUGCAGGAUUCUGGCAGCCAUACCUCUACGACAAGGGCAAUGUCCAGGAGACUAAAUGGUGUAAGGAGACGUUUGACUACCUGCUGAGCUUCCUGAGCUCCCCGGACUCUAUCAAAAUGGGGAUUUUCCUCCAGUCUGGCUACAACCUUUGCAGUGAGCCUGCACCAGAUCCCUCUUUUAAAGAUAGUGUGCUGGGCUUCAGACGGCUUACUAAACGAGAGCUGGAGCUGUUUCCUGCAUACUGCUAUGGGUGGUUCAACACUGCUCUCAUGGUGGAGGGGAAAAGUUACUUGCCUUGGCUGAUGGACUGGUUACAGAAGCGAGGUGUGAAAUUUUACCAGAGGAGGAUAGAGUCCUUCAAAGUGCUUGCGGAGAGUGGGGCAGACGUCAUCAUCAACUGCACAGGAGUGAGGUCAGGGGAUCUCCAGCCUGACCCUGACCUCACACCAGGCCGUGGGCAGAUACUGAAGGUCAGAGUGCAAAGGUUGAAAGGUGAGUUUGGUAAUUACAAUGAGGACAUGGCUGAUUAUGUUACUCUUAAUCUGUCUGUGUUUCAGGUGGAUGCUCCAUGGCUUAAGCAUUGGAUCCUCACCCACAAUUUCACUGCUGGAACCUACAAUUCACCGUACAUUAUACCAGGGAGUCGUUCAGUGGUUGUUGGUGGGUGUUUCCAGCUGGGGAACUGGAGUGAGCAGAACAACUCUGAGGACCACAAGGAGAUAUGGGAGGGGGCCUGCCAGCUGGAGCCCAGCCUCAAGCAUGCCCGGAUAGUGGAGGACUGGUCAGGGCUCAGGCCUGUUCGUAGUAAAGUCCGACUGGAGAGGGAGACCCUGCAAUCUGGACCAACCACCUUUGAGGUGAUCCACAACUAUGGCCAUGGAGGGUUCGGAUUGACCAUCCACCGAGGCUGUGCACAGGAGGCAGCUCGGCUCUUGGGGGAGAUAUUGGAGCUGAAGGGCUGGGAGCCCAGGUCUCGUUUGUGAACUAGUGGUUUAUUACCUAAACAGCAGUGGCAUCAGUAUCUCUCACAUGUCUGUAUGGGAGCAUUUUAACAUCAGAACGGUUUGCGAAGGAACCCGCAUAGGAAACUCCUGGGGCCUUUAGAGGGUUCAUUCGUAUUUGCAAGAGAACAACUCAAAAUCAGAGUUUAGGUAGUGGAGUACCUGAUUAACCCAAAACCAGCUAACUUGGAACACAAAGACUACCAGCCAGCCUUAAAAUGGUUUCAUGCCAGUCAUCAGGAUUGCUUUUAUUGAAUGACAAUUUCCUUUGUUGUGUAGUCAUAACUAUUAGCUAAUCGAUUGAAAUCUAUUUUGAAAAGUUAACAUUUUAUAUUGUAGUUGAAGAGAUGCUAAUCUAUAACAUAUUGAACCAAUACAUUUUUUUCCAAAAGUGUGAUAAGCAAAUCUUACAAAUGUGACAUAAAAAUAGGAGUGCAAUAUCAAACAAAAAUGUUAAGAUAUCUUAUUAAUAAUGUUCUAUCAUGAGUUUUAAAACUUAUAAAGUUUGAAAAUGAGUGAAGAAAUAAAUACUUCCACAAUCCAA